AUGAUUAUAAGAGCAUUUCCCAGUAUUAUAAUUUCUAUUCUUUCAAUUACUUCAAUCUCUCUUGAAACACCAACUGCUCCACGAUGUGCAGUUGAAGGCGCACUAUUACCCCGUCCUACCAACGUCUGCAAUUACCCAGCAUUCAAAUCUGCAACCUCAAAACUAUCCUCAUACUUCAAUGCCGCAAUAUCCGGUGAUAUAUCCGCAGGUUUCAACACUAUAAAUACUUCUUUCGCCGUAGCAUUCGUAUCCCUCGACCACUCCAAUUCAGCGAAUAAGCCAAUAUACACAUACACCCAUCUAAGCCCCGCAAACAAAGAAGGAACAAAGGAAAUCAACGGCGAUUCACAGUUCCUGAUCGGUUCAAUUUCGAAAUUGUUCUCCGAUGUGGUAUUGUUGAAGGGUGGAGUUGAUUUGGACCAUAAAGUGACGAAAUAUUUACCGGAACUGAGGAAGAAGGAGAGUUUGAUCAGGUGGGAAGAUGUUACGCUAAGGGAUCUCGGGGAACAUUUGGCCGGAAUGGGUCCUAAUUAUGGGUUUCCGGAAAUAUAUGAUUUGAUACGAUUGUAUCAACAGCUAGGAUUCCCAUCGGUUGAUAAGAGUGACUUUCCGCCUUGUAACGUGGCAGGAUUGAACAAAGCGUGUACUAGACAGCAACUCCUUGAAGGAGUAACAAAAAUCCAUCCGGUAACUGCAGUUGGUGAAAGAGCUGUAUACUCGACCUUGUCUUUUACUUUGAUAUCGCUAGCGUUACAAAACGCAACAGGGGAGAAUUAUACGACAUUGCUCGAUGAGUUAGUCGUCAAGCCGUUGAAGUUGAAGAACACGGGUGCCUCACCCGGUCAAACUGAAAGGGCCGUUAUUCCACCAGUCGAUAAUGGAUGGGGGGCUGAUUAUGGAUUUACUGCUCCUGGCGGCGGCCUAUACUCUUCCAUCAACGACCUGUCAGCCCUCGCACUUUCGAUCUUGAACAAAUCCCUUCUUCCACACUCUACCCUCAGAAAAUGGCUAAAACCCACAUCCUCAACCCCAAAUCUUCAAUAUUCCGUCGGCCUCCCUUGGGAAAUAUACAGAACAACAAAUCUCACACCCGCACACCCGCAUACCAUCGAUAUCUACGCCAAAGAUGGGGGUGCAUAUGGCUAUGUCUCCAGGAUUGGAAUUAUUGACCAAUAUGGUGUGGGAUUUGUGGUACUUACAGCGGGAGAUACUGAGGCCCUAUAUCCAAUUGCUGAAGCUACGGUUGCUAUGUUGAUCCCGGCGGUCGAAGAAGCUGCUAGGAGUGAAGCUACUAAGUAUACAGGGCUUUUCGGUGGUAACGAGGGCAAUGAAGGCGUUUUAGCCAAUUUUACCAUAGAUAACGGACCAGGGGUUAAGCUCGAAUCCUUGGUCAGGAAUGGAUCUGAUAUACUAGAAGCGAUUGCGAUAAUAUGGGAGUCUCAGAAGGUUAGCCUUGGUCCCUUAUCUAAGGAUUUCAGAAUAUAUCCUAUGGAGGUAUCGACAUCACAAGGGCAUAGUAGCCAUAGAAUUAUCAAAGAGGAUUGGAGAAUCGCGAUGGAAGUUACGGGAGAGAUUGGAAGUGAUAAAAAAUCAGAGCUACCAAGUGCGGGAGCUUUUGCGAAGGGAUGCAAUACUUGGCAGACCUAUGAUUUAUUGCAAUACGGGGGUCAGCCAAUUGAUAGAAUUGUCUUUUGGUUGAAUGGGACUACAAGGGAGGUAGUAGGGGUUGAAGUGCCCUUCUUGAGGAGUGGGGUUUUGAAGCAGCUAGAGGAUGAAGUUUUAGCGAAGAUGGAAAGGGCAAAUUAG